CCUCCGACGAAAACCUUUUAACAGUUAACGGUAGCCAACUUCGUAAUUCCAUAACAAUGUUCAGUCAAAUAAAACGAAAGACGCAACAGGACACAACUGAGCCUAUAAACGGAGGAAAGUCUUUCAGAUAUGGCCGCCAACGAUUAUGUAUUAUAAAAGCUAGGAGUGGACAUUUUUCAAGCAAAUUCGGGAUUGGAAUCGCUAUCCCCACCGACGAGGACAGCCUGAUACACAAGAUAGGAUUUGUACAGCGUGGCAGCCCCGCCUCCAUGUCGGGACUACGCCUUAACGACGUCAUAUUGAAAAUUAACGGUCAAGAUUCUAACGAAUUUACACAUGACGAUUUAGUAAAUUACUUCCGAGAAUAUAAUCAAGAAGAGAUUCGAUUAAUUGUGGUACAGCCAGUGCAAGGAGACGUAGAACCUAUGGCAUGAGUACUCCUCAAACACUGACAUCACAAUCAUGGAACAUAGCAUUGCAGGGAGCUAUCGACAUUGGCACUUCGAAUAUGCACCUUGGUCAUGCUAUACAGCGAUGCAUCUGUCAACCUUUCAAGUUAGGAAGACUGCAUUACUUCAAGCAUGAAGACUCCAGCACGGGCGUCAGACUACUGAUAGGGAAUUUUGUUUUCUGAACAUUAAUAUGAUGCCCGUAUGCCUGCCUACAUUAGGGAAGUUGGAUAUCCUAGUAUUCUGGAUUCAUUUACCAAGGUUACCAUAUAACCGUAAAGUGAAAUAUACCCAAAAAACCUUUCUCCGAACCCCACAAGAACAAAAAAAAAUUAUCGCACAUUCCCACAAAAUAAAAUGCUUUUGUAUGUUUAAAUUGUGUAAUCUCGAAACAUGAAAAUAUGAAAUAAAAGUAACUUUGAACAAA